AGCCGAAUCGAUCAUCGUUUCAAAUAACUACACAUAAUACAUAUAUCCUAGAUACGUGAGUGCGUCUGCUCAUCAGAUUGUAUCCUUAGACCUGCUGACAAUUGUGACGCUCAGCCGUGGAGAGCGACCAGGGAGAGUAAUCAUAAUAACAGCCCUAAUAGCGCUCUACAACGAGCGUUAUAGCCACGCUGAGAAUGAAUCGCACGCGCCACGACGAUGCGUCUCUGCUGUCCUCCACCUCAGCUCCGGCGAGCACGACGCACGAUGCAACGACGACGACGACCACCACCAUCCCAACCGGUCUCCGCAGCUUCCAGCAGCAGCGUGAGGCGCAGCUCCGCCACGCCCUGCAACACGCAAGCCCCACCCCAGCUGAGGUGUCCGCCGUCGCGAGUGCGUCUUACGUGCAGGCGCUAAUGGAGCUCAUCGAUCAGCACAGCACUGACGUGCAGCAGGUGACUUCCAAAAUCGAUGCGCUGCGGGCACAGCGCGAGGCGUACCACGCCGACCUCGCACGAGAACUGCCGCAGCGCGAGGCCGACCUGCAGGAGCUGCGGAAUGAGUGCUCGGACUUGACCCUGCAGGUCCAAGAAGAGCAGGAGCGCUCUACUCGGCUGCUGCACGAGGCCACCGUUCUGCACACGCAGCAGGCGGCGCAGAGGGAGCAGCUGGGAAGGCUGGUGGAGCUGUGCCGUGCGCGUGGGAAGCGUCUUCGCGCCUUUUAUUACCACAUGAAGGGCGGUGGCGGCGCGCGGGGGAGCCGAUUUGUCGAGGAGGACGAACGUGGGUUGGCGGAGGGCGACGUGGAAGCCGGGCGGGCACUGUCAAGCCAACCAGCAACUUUUGCAGACGACGGCAUCGCUGCUGUUGCUGCGCGAAGCCCUGUUGUCAAACCCAGCAGCGCGCCCCCCUCUGUCCAUCCCGUUUCCUUGAGCAUCCACAAGGCGUCGUGCGGCCGAGAGGCGCGGCCCUUCCUCGGCAGCGGUGGCGGCGUCGUCUCCAUGCAAGAGAUCGGCGACGACGCGGAGCUCGCGGCUAUCCUGAACCUGCCCUACAAGGUGUGCCUGCCACGUACCCCUCCUUCCUCCCCCUCCCCCUCCUCGGCCGCCCCUUUAUCUCCGCACGACGCAGCCACCACGGCAAGCGGCUUCACCGUGACGGCGAAUGCAGCGAGCACCGCGCAGCUCCUCGCUCGCGCAGAGGAGGUGAACAUGCUCCGUCAGCAGCUAGAGGAGCAGCGCGGCGCCUACGAGCAGGAGCGUGGUGCUCGCACCCGCGAAGACAACGAACGCCACCGCCGCGCGCAGGAGCAGCUGGCGAGGUACGCCGCCACGGUGGAGCAGCUGGAGUCGCUGCACGAGGAAAGCCUACGGGAGCUGGUGCAGUACCGCCAUCAUUCGGAGAAGCAGCUGCGCGAUGUGCGGGGGCAGGUGGAGUGGCUGCGAGUGGCGCUGCAGAACGCAUUAGAGUUGGCGGAGAAGGACCGGCGGCAGCAGCACAACGAGGUGUACGCCACGGAGCAGCGCAUGUCGAAGCAGUACUACCCUAAGGUGCAGUCCUUGCACAGCGAGCUGGCGGAGUACCGACGUGUGUCCGCGGCACAGGCCCGCGACCACGCGGCCGCCAUCGCCCAAAAGGACGAGCAGAUCGCAGCGCUGCAGCAGCGGCUCAAGGCGGAGACGACGCAGCGCCGCCGUGCGGAGGAGCGGCACGUGUUGGAGAUGAAGGGCGUCCACAGCGAGCUGGAUUUGAUGCGGCAGUCGCUGCGGCAGAUGGAGCGGCGCGUGUACUACCGUGGCGUGCGCGAUCAGGCUUCGGACGAGGCGGAGGUGGAGCUGGAGCGGUAUUAUUAUUGA